GCCCCUGGGGCUUCCCUGAGCAGCUGAGCAGGAACUGAAACACAGAACCCCAAGUCCCACACGUGUACCCAGGAUGAUGUCCUACGGCGAGAGGCUGGGGGGCCCUGCUGUUUCCCCACUCCCAGUCCGCGGGGGGCACAUGAUGCAUGGGGCAGCCUUUGCCUAUGUACCCAGCCCAAAGGUCCUGCACAGGAUCCCAGGGACCUCCGCCUAUGCCUUCCCCAGCCUGGGCCCUGUGGCCCUCACUGAGCACGGCUGCCCCUAUGGGGAGGUUCUGGAGCACCAUGACCCACUGCCUGCCAAGCUGGCCCUGGAGGAGGAGCAGAAGCCAGAGCCCAGGUUGGCCCAGAAGCUGCACCGGGCUGGCAUGACGAUCCUCAAGGUGCCACUGAUGCUCACCUUCCUCUACCUCUUUGUCUGCUCCCUGGAUGUGCUCAGCUCAGCCUUCCAGCUGGCUGGAGGGAAGGUGGCUGGUGACAUCUUCAAAGACAACGCCAUCCUGUCCAAUCCUGUGGCCGGGCUGGUGGUGGGGAUCCUGGUCACUGUGCUGGUACAGAGCUCCAGUACCUCUACCUCCAUCAUUGUCAGCAUGGUCUCCUCUGGCUUGCUAGAAGUGAGCUCUGCCAUCCCCAUCAUCAUGGGCUCCAACAUUGGCACCUCUGUCACCAACACCAUCGUGGCCCUGAUGCAGGCCGGGGACAGGACUGACUUCCGGCGGGCCUUUGCAGGUGCCACCGUGCAUGAUUGCUUCAACUGGCUGUCUGUCCUGGUCCUGCUGCCCCUUGAGGCUGCUACUGGGUACCUGCACCACGUCACUCAACUAGUGGUUGCCUCCUUCAACAUCCGUGGUGGCCGGGACGCCCCUGACCUGCUGAAGAUCAUCACAGAGCCUUUCACUAAACUCAUUAUCCAGCUGGACAAGUCGGUGAUCACCAGCAUUGCCACAGGUGACGAGUCCCUGAGGAACCACAGUCUCAUCCGGAUCUGGUGCCACCCAGACACCAUGGAGGCUCCCACCCCCAUGCCCAGGGCGGAGGUCAAUACCAGCCAGAUCCUCAGAAAUGCCACCAUGGAAAAAUGCAACCACAUCUUCGUGGACACAGGGCUGCCUGACCUGGCUGUGGGGCUUAUCCUACUGGCGGGCUCUCUGGUGCUGUUAUGCACCUGUCUCAUCCUCCUGGUCAAGAUGCUCAACUCUCUGCUCAAGGGCCAGGUGGCCAAGGUCAUCCAGAAGGUUAUCAACACAGACUUCCCUGCUCCCUUCACCUGGGCCACAGGCUAUUUUGCCAUGGUGGUGGGCGCCGGCAUGACCUUUGUCGUCCAGAGCAGUUCUGUGUUCACCUCAGCCAUCACCCCACUCAUUGGCCUGGGUGUGAUCAGCAUCGAGCGAGCUUACCCCCUCACACUGGGCUCCAACAUCGGCACGACCACCACGGCCAUCCUGGCAGCACUGGCCAGCCCCCGAGAGAAGCUGUCCAGCGCCUUCCAGAUUGCCCUUUGCCACUUCUUCUUCAACAUCUCAGGCAUUCUGCUGUGGUACCCAGUGCCCUGCAUGCGCCUGCCCAUCCGCAUGGCCAAGGCGCUGGGUAAAUGCACGGCUAAGUACCGCUGGUUCGCCGUCCUCUAUCUCCUCCUAUGCUUCCUGCUGCUGCCAUCACUGGUGUUUGGCAUCUCCAUGGCAGGCUGGCAGGCCAUGGUAGGUGUGGGCACACCCUUCGGAGCCCUGUUGGCCUUUGUGGCUCUUGUAAGCAUCCUGCAGAGUCGCAGCCCCAGGCACCUGCCCAAGUGGCUGCAGACAUGGGACUUCCUUCCCCACUGGAUGCAUUCUCUGAAACCCCUGGAUGAUCUCAUCACCCGGGCCACCCUGUGCUGUGCCCGGCCUGAGCCCCGCUCACCCUCACUGCCUGCCAGGGUCUUCCUGGAGGAGCUGCCCCCUGCCACACCCUCCCCCCGCCUGGCACUGCCUGCUCGCCACAAUGCUACCCGCCUUUAGGUUGCAGCCCAGACUGCCACCUGGGUCCCAGUGCCCAGGGUGGAAAGGCAGAGAUGUGUUGUGCACUCUGCCCUUGUACAGGUCCUCAGAGGUCUCCUGUGACUGAGGGUCCACAUGUGCACAUGUGUGGCAUGUUUGGGUGAGUCUGUGUCAGACUGCACGGGUGGGUUGAUGCACCUGUGGGGGCCAAGUACAGGACUUAGGGUACCUGGGUAUGAUCUCUAGUCCUCUGCAUGUGUGUUUGAAGAACUGGGCUGUGCCCUUGUGUACAUACACCUCCAACUGGGCUGAGCAGGAGUAAGGGUAGGUCUGAGCACGUGACUUACAAUUGUUUGCUGGUGCAUAGAUGUGGGUACUUGAGUCACUAGCUGAAUUCUCAUCCCUCCCCUCUACCUUCCACCAUUCUCCGUCCCCUCACUCAGGUUUUCUGUACCACCACAACGCCCCCCCAACACUGCCUUAUGGAAGAAAAUUAAAAUGUCAUUAUGCAUUUGCUUGUC